AUGCAGUGUACACGACUUGAAAAGCAAUGCGUGUAUCCCUCACGAGCCCUGGGUACCAACGAUGACGGAGCGGGCGACGUGCCUAGAGGACAAACGGUGCCAUCCGGACAAGCCGAUGUGAGCGAUUCUUUCCAGUCGUUACCAUCUGGGGGUUACAGGUCCGGCCUUUCCGAAUUUUGCACAGCAUCUCCUGAUUCCGUUCCUGCCAACAAAUUCCCAGUGUUGUAUUUCCUGGACCCAGAGGCUUGUAUCAGACCACUUCCGCCAACCAGCCGCCUCAGCUUUGACCCAAGGGUAUCAGGUCCAGCAAACGUCACACCUAUCCUGGAGGAUGAUAAGAUAUCGGUCUGCGAGGAAUAUUUUGCCCGUAUUCACCCAUGGUUACCAAUUCUCAGCAAGAAAGUGGUCAGGCAAAAUAUUCAGAGACGCAAUAUCACCCCUCACAGCUCCAACCUUGCCCUUUUGUUUCAUUGCAUGAGGCUCUUGAUUGAAUCGCUGUAUUUCAGUGACCAAGGGUUAAGUAAUCCCAUCUGCCCGACAUACUUGUUGGUAAAGGAGAAUCUUGCUCGGGCAGAGAUAUUAUUCCUGCCGGACAUGUCACUCCUCCAAUCCGUAAUCCUGAUUGCAACUUAUGAGACUCUCCACGCCAUUUACCCUGCUGCAUACCUGACCAUUGGGCAUGCAGCGCGCCUCGGUACCAUGAUGGGUUUUCACAAUCCCAAAGAAGCACCUCAGCUUUUCAAGGACUCUGGAACAUGGACGGGUCGAGAGGAAGAGCGCAGGGCAUGUUUUGUCAAUCAGGAGAUGCGAUCAGCAGCGCUCGCGACACCCAAUCCCCACAUGGGAGAGAUUCUCCCGUGCACGGGAACGGUGUGGGACGAAGGAUCAAUUGGUAGCAACGAGUCCGUAUUCUCUACCUCGCUGUCCGCCAACAUUACACUGGGUUCAUUCGCAAACGUGUGCCAAGCAGCCCAUUUGUUAGGACGCGUUAUCCAUCAUCGAGAUGACCGUGACAUGGAUACCGUCUCUCGGGUAACUGAAGCCAACCAGCUACACUUGGCUUUAUCGGCAUUUACUCUGCAUGUAACACAGCACGCAGCAGUUACACUUUCACCAGACUCGUCGAUAUUCACUGCACAAUCGUUGGCUUUCAGCGCUCGCCUUGUGCUGUAUAAUAUCUACGCCUGCAACGAGAGGUACGACUCUACUACACACCGGUCAGCCGAUGAAGCUGAGCUGCAACGACUUGCCAUACAGGGUAUCCUAGAAGUUACAGAGAGCGUCUCACGGCUUGUGAGACAGAUACUUGACACCACGGAAACAUCACAGUCGCCACAUUUUCCAAAUCCAUUCAUCAGUCACUGCCUGUUCCAAGCCGCUGGGGAGUGCGAAUGGUUCGUGCUUGAGAACCCAGAGUCAGACUCGGGACGGUGGCUUUUGGAUAUCGUGAGAUUAUUGAGUCUCAUCGGGGAGCGUUGGCAGGUUGCAGGGGUUUAUGUGGCACGGAUACAAGAAUGGCCGGGCUUCACACAGAUUUCAGAAUCCAGAAUCAGGUUUCAAUAG